CUUCGAAGGUCGGAGUCAUUCUUAGCUUUUUUGGUUUUUUACACUAAUCCUCUUCCUCCUUCCAGAAUCCUUUUCCCUCCUUCUGCUUACUGCCAUGUCUCUGACGCUGUAACCCUCUGUUCUCCUCUCUCACUUCCUUCAACCGUUCUUCAAUCCCCAAGGCGUUGCUUAACCUACUACUGUCUACGCCGCCAAUACCCACAUCUCCUCCAUCUUUCAGCUCCCUCUGCUCGCUUCCUACUUUUCUCCUCACACCAAAAUAAUCAUGGGCUCUGGAACGUCUCCCCCUCCUCCUGGCCCGAAGCCUAGGUCUGCCAUACCCUCUCAUAUGCUGAAUGGUGGCUCUCCUCUCCACGUCUCUACCAGCCCCUCUACCAGCUCGCGCGACGCUCGGGAGAGGGAAAGUCUCAACUCCUCCAUCCUUUCUUCGUUCACUCCUCGCAUCCCGGUGGAGUUCAACUUGCCUGCCUCUGCCUCUCACCCUUCCGGGGAGUCUUUGGUAGAUGAUACCCCCCGGGGGUCUACCUCUGCAAAGCCGACAUUGAACGAUCCUCCCCGCGACCCGAGAGAUGAGGCCGGUGCAUUGACCCCGCCUGCGACUGUCAGCAGACCAGCAAGCCCUUACACUCUUUUCCCUCCAAUUGACUUCGAUGGACUGAGUUGGCCUUGCCCCGGUACCAGGGAGCGACUGGAGUCGUCGCCCGAAGAGACAGAGGAGCGCAUCAAGAAGCUCGCAGGAGCUGUUCGGACGAUUUUGGAGUGUGUUGGAGAGGACCCGGAAAGAGAGGGCCUGCGCGAGACCCCAGAGAGAUAUGCCAAGGCCAUGCUCUACUUUACCAAGGGCUAUGAGGAGAAUGUCCGGGAUCUUGUCAAUGGUGCGGUCUUCCAUGAGGAUCAUGACGAGCUGGUGAUUGUCAAGGAUAUCGAGGUGUUUUCGCUGUGCGAGCACCAUAUGGUUCCCUUCACUGGAAAGAUGCACAUUGGCUACAUCCCUGAUCGCCGUGUGCUUGGCCUCUCCAAGUUGGCUCGUCUGGCGGAAAUGUUCUCUCGUCGUCUCCAGGUGCAAGAGCGCUUGACCAAGCAAGUCGCUCUGGCUAUUUCUGAGGUUUUGAAACCCCGUGGUGUUGGUGUUGUCAUGGAGUCGUCCCAUCUUUGCAUGGUGAUGCGAGGUGUGCAAAAGACUAGCAGCACUACCACGACCAGCUGCAUGCUUGGCUGCAUGCGGUCGAGCGCGAAGACCCGGGAGGAAUUCCUGACUCUGCUGCACCGCCGAUAAUUUUCUCAUGCCUACUCAACUUCCUUACGACACUUACUAUUUCUUACCCCCCUCGAUUUAACAGUGGAUGGUAUUUUUGUUUCACGGAGUUUUGGCGGUCACCUUUCAACAGGUUCUUGGAUUGGCAUUCUAUUUUACGCCGCGCGGACGGAGUGUUCUUUUGCGUUUGGACUGUCUUGGCUUUGAAAAUACUACUUGUAUAGAUAUAUUCUGUCCUGCGAUUGCGAUGCACCGAUUAUCGUCAUCUGCUACCCUCGCUCGUUUGUUUCGAUCAAUAACGGGAAAUGAAUUAGGGCAGGCGGGCGGCUCUUGCCGUACACCUCGGCUACAAAAUUUGGCGCUGUGUCGAGGUUGAUUCAACAUUUGUUUUAAUAUCUUCUCAACUGGAUAUAGGGAUAUGUGGGAUGUCUGGACGACGUUAUGCUGUGGAAUUCUUAUAGCAAACAGCUAUGUAUAUUCGAGAUAAGAUCAAUCUCAACAAUUGACUAUUCAGC